AUGAGUGCGAGCAAGGAGGACGUAAAGCGGCGCCAGGUGAUCGUGAUCCUCGAGCAGGCAGCUCUGGAGACGGUCAAGACGUCGAAGGGCUACCAGCUGCUCAAUUGUGACGACCACAAGGGCAUCCACAAGAAGCUGAACCGCGAAGCCAGCCAAUCGCGUCCGGACAUUCUGCACCAGGAACUCAUGGCGCUGCUCGACUCUCCACUAAACAAGGCUGGCUAUCUCAAGGCCACAAAGGGAGUGCUUGUCGAAGUGAGCUCGCAGAUGCGCGUGCCCCGCACGUACAAGCGCUUCGCCGGUCUCAUGGUGCAAUUGCUACACACGCUGAAGAUCCGUUCGUCCGACGGCAAUCACACGCUUCUGAACGUGAUCAAGAACCCCGUGACCAAGCACCUACCAGCUAACUGCAAGAAGUACGCACUAACGCGAACUGGUACGCUCGUGAACCCGUGGGAGUGGGUGGAGUCGCUGCCUAAGGACGAGCCGGUCGUGUUCAUCUUCGGUGCCAUGGCUCACGGCCACAUUUCCAAGGAGAACUGCAACUACCUGGACGAUACUAUUUCGAUCUCCGAGUACCCGAUGAGCGGUGCCCAGGCCAUUUGCCGUCUGCUGAAUGGCUUCGAGCGUCACUGGGGCAUCUUGUAA